AUACUGUAUGUGGCUUUUGAGUAGUUUUUCUUCCAUAAACAUUUCGCAAUUCUGUAACUUCCUUCCUGUCUUCGCUUUCCCUCGCUUCGAAUCCCUGAGACCACUGAAUGCCCCGCUGCAUACGAUGUCGGUCGCGUGAGCUCUGUCAUGAUCACGGUUCUUACCGACUAGUAACUCGUGACAAGCUACAACCUACUAUGUGGAUUAACCAGUAUGUUAUACGACAUUAUCGACCUACGAAUAUGACCAAUUCGAUGUGCGCUAAGAGUAUCUUCCACUGGACUAACGAGACGAUCAACAUAUGGAGUCAUCUAUUAGGAUUUAUUUAUUUUACCUACUGUCAAUAUGAAAUGAAUGUAUACCGGAUACCGUUGUUAGGCGGACACUUCCAAGAUCACCUUAUUAUCUCCUUAUCCUUGUUCGGAGCGCAGGUCUGCAUGUUGUUCUCCGCUGCCUAUCACACCUUUUGCUGUGCAAAUGAGGAAAAACGGCAACAGUUUUUGAAACUCGACAUAUGCGGUAUCUCGUCUGGAUUGAUAGGCAUGUAUCUAUCAGGGAUUUAUACAGCAUUCUUUUGUUUCAGGGACUGUCUCGAAACGUAUCUCUACAUGCUGCUUUCCAUAUUUUUGAUAGCGGUGUAUGUGCCAACACGGGAGGAUUUCUUUGACAGAAAAAUUGUCGGAUCUCGGAUCGGCUACUUACAUCUAAUCUAUACCGCUAUUAUACUGUGCGGUAUAUGUCCCACUACACACUGGGUUUAUUUACAUGGUGGAUUGGCUAAUGAACACGUAGCGACCUGGCUGAUAGAUAUCGUUGUGCUGUACGGCCUUGUUGCUGCUGCUUUUUUCUUUUACGUCACACUAAUUCCGGAGCGCCUAUGUCCCGGAAAGUUUGACUUAGUAGGAUGCUCUCAUCAGUGGUGGCAUGUGUUGAUACUGUCGGCGAUGAUUUACUGGCAAAGAGCAGGAGCUGAAUUGUUAUCAUUUUACCGUUUGAAUCCAACAUCAUGUGAAGAUGUCAUCACGAUGUCUUCGAAGAAUUCCAGUCUGAUUUUGUGAAACUAGGGAUGUUUUUUUGGCUAUACAUACGUGUUUCGAACGAUUCUUAAGUGUUUCUCUUGGAGAUUCACUCCCUGUCAUGAACUCAUUUGUUAGGUGCCCUAGUGAGAUGAUUUAGUUAGUAUCUGCAGGGAUACAAAACUUUUGUGUUGAUGCAUUUGAAAGAUGAACUGAUCUGAUUGCUUCAAUAAUAGGUUGUGACUUUAUCGUUCACGUUGUGCUCAUGUUACUAAUUUUGUAUGUCCAUAGUAGGUGUUAUGUAAAUUCACGGCUGCUGGAAAAGAAGUUCUUGGACAUUACAACGAUGUUUUUGAAACAUUUUACUCAGGCUAUCACUCGAUAAAGCCAACUUUGCAGUAAACACUACACACUCGUAAUAGAAAACAUAUCAUCUACAUACAUUGAACAAUGUUCAAGUUUGAAAUGGGGAUCCGUUUUUGGAGUUUCUCCUGUAGAUGUAAUGUACAUGCAGAUCAUGUAGUAACAAUGCAU